AUGAAUCUACCAAAGGGACCAGAUUCUUUGUGUUUCGACAAGGAUGUUUUCAUGAAGGAUGACUUUGAUGUCGACCAGUUUGUGGCUGAGUGUCGAAAGCAAGUCCAGCUGGAGGAGAUGAGAGAGGACCUGGAAUUGUACUAUAAGCUGUUAAAAACGGCCAUGGUGGAGCUGAUUAACAAGGACUAUGCAGACUUCGUUAACCUCUCUACCAACCUGGUGGGGAUGGACAAAGCACUCAAUCAGCUUUCUGUGCCUUUAGGACAGUUACGAGAAGAGGUCAUGAGCCUGAGAUCCUGUGUGAGUGAAGUGAUCCAGACUAUUGACAACCAGCUUUCUAAACAGGAAGACUUGCAGAAAAAAAAGGUUUGUGUACUGAGACUGAUUCAGGUGGUGCGCUCAGUGGAGAAAAUUGAGAAGAUCCUCCACUCACAGAACUCAAAGGAAUCUAACUCUUUGGAAAUCAGCAGUCCUUUAUUAGCAGGUCAGAUUCUGGAGAGGAUCGCUACAGAAUUUAACCAGCUGCAGUUCCAUGCAGUACAAAGCAAAGGCAUGCCACUGCUGGACAAAGUCAGACCUCGUAUAGCGGGGAUCACCUCCAUGCUGCAGCAGUCUCUGGAGGGCCUGUUGAUCGAGGGUCUGCAGACGUCCAACGUGGACAUGGUCCGUCACUGUCUGAGGACGUACGCCACCAUAGACAAGACUCGAGACGCCGAAGCUUUGGUGGGACAGGUGCUCGUCAAACCGUACAUGGACCAGGUGAUAGUUGAAGAGGUGGUGAAGUCCAGUCCAAAUGGUCUCCAGAUGAUGUAUUCCAGACUGUUGGAGUUUGUUCCUCAUCACUGCAGACUGCUUAGAGAGGUGACCGGAGGAGCUAUAUCAAGUGACAAAGCCGACACGGUGCCAGGCUACGAUUUCCUGGUGAACUCUGUGUUCCCGGAGAUGAUCAAAGGAAUAGAGGAACGGCUGGCCCACAUCUUCAACCCUGGAAACCCUGACAUGUUCUACGAGCGUUACAGCGUCAGUAUGGAGUUCGUUCGGCAGUUUGAACGACAGUGCAGCUCGCAGGCCAGUGUGAAGAGGCUGAGAGUUCACUCCUCUUAUACCAGCUUCCACAACAAAUGGAACCUGCCUGUCUACUUUCAGCUACGCUACAAGGAAAUAGCUGGCUGCCUGGAAAAUGCCAUUAGUGAUGGAUUAGAGCCAGCGCCAGCUGGCAGCGCGUACCACCUGCAGGUGUCUGAGGUCCUAUGGUCCUGUUUAGUCAGGUGCUGGUCAGACAAGGUGUAUCUGUCACCCCUGGCGCAUCGCUUCUGGAAGCUGACACUGCAGCUGUACUCACGAUAUGCCAAGUUCCUUAAUGAGGUGUUGACCAAGACACCAUCCCUCGAGGUGCCAAAGGAGCCGGUCAGACCUCUGCCGAGCUCGGCCUCGUCCACAUCCAGCCGGACGUCACUGGACGAGGGAGGCAGUGAGAGCGGGAGUCCCACGUCCCUGUCCACCCAACAGCUGGUUUACAUUGCAGCAGACAUCCAGAAACUGCAGGAGCAGAUCCCAGAGUUGUCUGACAUGGUCAGACAGCAGUUGGAAGCCAUUGGGUUCAAAAACUUUGCUGUUGUGGAAGAUGCUCUUGCAGAAUCCAGAGCUUGCCUGUCGAGCAGCGUUCCGUCUCUGAACACCAGGAUGACGCAGCAUCUGACCGAGCGCUGCUGCCGCUUCCUGAAAAGCGCCUCAGAGGUUCCGCGACUGUACCGCAGGACCAAUAAAGAUCUGCCUGUUCGUGCAUCAGCGUACAUGGACAACGCCUUACGGCCGUUACAUCAGCUGCUGGCUGACUCCACGGGGCUGGUCACCCCACAAACAGCGCAGGAAUGGCUGCGGGUUGCACUGUCUGAAAGCACACAGAAGUACUAUGAGACCAUUUCAGAGGUGCUGAGCUCUGUCAGAAAGAUGGAAGAGAGUCUGAAGCGUUUGAAACAAGCCAGAAAAGGUGCGACCACAUCAACCACAGCUGGAGCAAACGGCGGGCCCACAGAUGACAGCAAGAUUCGUCUUCAGCUGGCGCUGGACGUGGAAUAUCUGGGCGAGCAGAUCCAGAAAAUGGGCCUUCAGCCAAGUGACAUCUCCAUGUUCACCACUCUGAUGCAACAUGUGAGGGAGGCCCGGGAGCUGGCUGAACAGAACCAGUGA